AUGCCGCAGCCGACUCGAGGCGGGGGCGCAGACAGCUCAGAAGUAGAAGCAGCAGCAUCUGCAGCAGCAGCUGCUGCUGCUCUUAAACUGCAACACGUUCUGAAACAGGUUCCCUUGGAGAAUGACACGGCAGCAGCAGCAGCAGCAGCAGCAGCAGCAGCAGCGGGAAGCGCCGGCGCCGAUUCGCGCAUAGAGGCCGAGAACUUAGCAGCUAUAGCCACACCGCCAGCAGCAGCAGCAACAGCAGCAGCAGAAGCAGCAGCAUUGACAGCAACAGGAAUGGCAACGUCAACAGCAGCAAGCUCAGCAGUAGGAACAGCAGCAGAGCAGCCGAAGCAGGAACAGCGACAACAGCAGCAACAGCAACAACAGCAGCAGCUGCUGCAGGACCUGUGCAGCAGCAAAUUAUAG